AUGGAUGACCCCUCUAUGAUGGCCGAUCAAAUCUUAUCGAAGGCCACGAACCAUGAGGCUCGCUGCAAACCUCUCGUUACCCGACCAAAACCAGAACCGCCUGUGCCCAAGUCAGAGGCUGGUGAGAAGGACUCUGAGUCCGUCAGCAAUGCUUCCGCGAAGGGGACAUCAAAGGACGUCAAGGCAAAUGGAGUAGACGCCGCUGGUCAGGAAAUGGAUGUGGAUUAG